GCUAUCUUGGUUAAAGAUAACCGAGACCUUGGCUUCUUUAUCGAAAUAUAGCAGACGUCCAAUUAAUGUGAUUAAGAGCUUUUGAUGGAAUGUAUAAAAAUAUGAAAAUGAUAUCGUGAAAUCGCUCUUCCAUGAACAUCUGAAAUACGGCAUUUGGUCACGAAACUUUAGUGUGUGCUUCUUUCGUUCCUAAACGAACUGUGGUACGUCUACACCCGAUUGCCGAUUUGCCGACUGUCAAAAUAUAAAAAUGAUCGAAGAAACACGAAAAAAAACUUUUUUAGGUUUUGAUUUUAGUACGCAAAGGUUAAAAGCGGUGGUAAUCGGAGAAGAUUAUGUUGUACAGCAAGAGGCUGAUGUGGAAUUUGAUAAUGAUUUGCCAGAAUUCAGGACAUUUGGUGGAGUUGUGCGCGGUGAAAGGGGUGAGGUGACUGCACCAACGCUACUUUGGGUCAAAGCCCUCGACAUGGUCAUGGAUAGACUUGUGGUGGCGGGAGUUGACUUUUCUUCCAUUGAAGCACUUUCUGGUGCAGCUCAGCAACAUGGUUCAGUAUGGUGGGCGAAAGGAUCUGAAUCAAAACUGAGCAACCUGUCACCCGAUGAAUUCCUCCAUACUCAGUUAGCAACAGCUUUUGUUGUUGACUCUCCGGUGUGGAUGGACUCCAGUACUACAGCUGACUGUAGAGCUCUUGAAGAGGCUGUGGGAGGACCAGAGGAAUUAGCUAAAAUAACGGGAUCUACAGCGUACGAGCGCUUCACAGGCUCUCAGAUCCGUAAGAUGUUCCGCACCAGAGAGAGAGCUUACCAGGCUACUGAGAGGAUAUCUCUCAUCUCGUCAUUUGCAUGCUCGCUGUUCCUCGGCAGAAUAGCACCGAUUGACCUUUCUGAUGGUUCCGGAAUGAAUCUCCUAGAUAUACAUACAAAGAAAUGGUGUGAAAAAGCUUUGAAGGCUUGUGGUGAUGAUACAUUGGAAAGUAAACUAGGAGCGCCGGUACCAACAUGGUCAGUGUUGGGAAAUAUAUCUCCUUACUUUGUGAAGCGAUACGGAUUCAAACCAGAUUGCAAAGUGGUCGCAUUUACUGGUGAUAAUUGUUCAGCUUUAGCUGGGCUUCGUCUUCGGUCUGGCUGGGUGGGGCUCAGUUUAGGCACGAGUGACACGUUACUCCUGGGUCUGUCAGCGCCUGCUGCACCCCCCGCCGGUCACGUGCUGGUGGGGCCGACAGAGGAGGCGCCCUACAUGGCGCUGCUGUGCUUCGCCAACGGCUCCCUUACACGUCAGUAUCACCGCGACCGCCUCGUCGGUACCAGCUGGGAUGACUUCACUGAACUGCUCAGAGCCACUGUCAGAGGCAACAUGGGAUAUAUGGGUAUAUACUACGAGACGGCUGAGAUAGUGCCGCGUGCGGGGGCGGGGCGGUGGGUGUGCGAGGGGGCGGGGCGAAGGGCGGAGCGCCCGCAGCCGCAGUUCGAGGCGCGCGCGCUGCUCGAGGGUCAGGCGCUUGCACGACGCGCACACGCUGAGGACAUGGGAUUCAAAAUAGACUCGUCAUCCCGGCUGGUGGCGACAGGGGGAGCCUCCGUCAACAAGGAGCUGCUGCAGAUCUUCGCUGAUGUCUUCAAUACACCUGUAUAUGUACUGGAAGAGCACGGUAACGCCGCGUUACUCGGCGCGGCCAUACGAGCUGCUGAAGUGUGGAGUGCUGAUGCUGGGAUUAAGCUCACUGGUUCAGAACCAACCCUAUCGCCUGUCGCCACCCCCUACCCUGACAGUGAAAAGAUUUACACCCCGAUGUUGACCAGAUACCGCCUUAUGAUACAAGAUAUACCUAAACUGCAAUAAACAUGACUAUAACAUAUCCCAUACACACAUUAAAAUCUAAUAAAAAUAUAUAUAGAUGUCAUAAAUCAUGUAAUAUAGACAAAAGUCUAGUUAACAAUGUCAGUUUGUGAAAUAUAUUUGAAAAAGCAUAUGUAUCAAUGGAAUUAGUCUUCCAAAUAUAUAUAUAUAUAUAUAUUAAAUAAAGUGUGUACACAAUUAAGUGAAAAAAAGUCUUGACAGACAGACGGACAGACAACAGUGAUCCUAUAAGGGUUCGGGUUUUUUCCUAUGAGGUACGGAACCCUAAAAACUAUCAACUUUAUAUAAAAUGAUAAAAUACUCUCCACUUUUUACUCUGCAGGCCUUAGCUUAAACAUCUCUGCUAUCUUAAAAUCAUGUAUUCAAAUAUAUAAAUAAAAAAUUGUUCUGAGCUUUUUUAAGCUUAAAAUAUAUUUUAUAUUGAAAUGACAUUCCAUAUAGUGUAAGCAAAAUAACUUUAUAAGUGCAAAUAACUUAAAAAUGUUAAGUUUGACUUAACUGUAACAU